AAAAAAUGAAUCAGACUUCUACUGCUGAUCACCCAUAUGUUUUUUGUGUAAAUAUACCCCAUUCAUAACCCCAAUGUUUCUCUCUGAAGAUAUAAUAUCUAAUACGGACUACACUAUAGGGAUUCAACUUAUUACUCACAUGUGUACUAACAAACAAAAUUGUUCUUCAUAUUACUUAAUAUUAACACAACUCUUUAGUUUUUAAUGAUGAACUCGUUCAAAUAAACGUUUUGUUUUAGGAUCAUGACUUCAAUAAAUACAUAUUCUUUGACCGAUUCCAUCGAAUCUCCAGUCAACUAUUUUUUUACUAUAUAACAAUUUUAACCAUGUAGGUCAUUUAAUUUUGGCAAACUUCUUCGUUGAACAUUCCAAUGGAAGUUACAUACUUAAAAAACUUCCACAUAUCAAAUUUUCACAUGAUUCAUCCGAUUUACCAACAAAUCUAUCUUUGGAUAAAAGUCUCUCAAACCAAGAAAAUGUAAUAUCACAAUUCUCAGUAAAUGAUUGUUCAAAUAUAUUGGAUUUAAACUUCCCUAGUAAAUUUGGACGUAUUGAGACAGAUAUACAGUCUUCAGCUUUGGAUUGCACAAAUGUUUCUCAUGUUCAAACAUGUUCACAACAGACAGUAGUUAAUUCAUCAUCUUUGAACGUACCAGAAUUAGAAAAUCCAGCUAAUUCUACCAUUCCCCGUCCACAAUGUGAAAACAGUUCAGCUAAUAUGAAUAGAAGUAAAAAUUCCUCGUCUCGCAUUUCACGAUCAAAAUUUUUAGGGCAAAUCGGUAACUAACGUUGUCUCUUUCAUACUUAACAGCAUUGUUUGUUAUGGGUUGGCCUUUUCUAUUUAGUUCCAUGUUUUGUUCAAUUGGUUAGUACCUUGACAAUUGACUUGUUUAAUUACCUAACUUUCAAGUUUCAUUCAUUGGCAGUUGUUAGUGAAUUCUGUUAACUAACCGAUAUUGAUGAAGAUCUCAGUGUCUUAGAAGCAUUUAUUCAAUUUUAAUAGUUGACUUUUAGAAAACGAGUUUAUCUCGUUUCUGUAAUUAUUAAUUAGGUUUAUUUUCUUGUUCACAAGGUAAUUUAUGAUGAGUUUACAAUUUAAUCCAACUCAUAACUGUAAUGAAACAUUGUGACCACAGUAUAAACUACUCAAAGCACUUCCAAAUUUUCCACUCAAUGAAUAAAGUUUGUAUGUUGCAAGGAUUCUGCGAUAUGUCCAAUUCCAAGUAGCGAUAGUAAAAUCUUUACAUCGGAAUAUAGAUUUCAGUCCUUUUAAGUCUUUAAACCUGCUUUAUAAUUUCAUAUGGAUAAUCGUUACAUAUUUGACCGAAAUAUUUCACAAAAAUUGUGAAUCAAGUACAUAGAAGUUAUUAUAUGUAAAAAUUCUAUUUAAAAUAAUUUCAGUGGUUGAAAUUUAAGUUGUUCUAACAUUUCACACAGCAAGCUUGUCUGAACAUCUUCAGGGUAAUCAUCAUUAUUAUGAGACAAUUUGUCCGGUUUAGAAAUAAGUCUACAUUGAGAGUUUAUCCAAUCCUAUCUAGAUGUUAGUUUUUAUAUAGUAAGAUUAUAGAAGUCGUCAGAGUAGAAAAAUGUUCACAAUGUGAAAAGGAAUGAUUACAUUUGUGUGCGCUUUCAUGUCAUUAACAGUUAGAAUUUUUAGUGAAUAAAUGAAAUCUCGGGCCACUACUAAGACAUGUCAGAUAUUUGUUAAUUUAGCAGCUACCAAAGCUCAGCCAAUUGUAUUCAAUCUUACAUCUUCAAGCUGUUCUGAUUAGCCCAUCGUCGUUGCUUGAUUCCACUAGCUAAAUUUGCCAAUCAGAAUUAUGAUUAUAACUUUCCUACUCCACAUCUACUAAUUUGUCUAUAGAUCAGAGACCUUACCGACACUAUUAACCUUGAGCUAACGUGAACUUCUCUACUUUUGGUUCGCCCACACACACACAUCUAUUCCACUCUUGAGUCCAGAAAAGAGGUUCGCAGCCGAGCCUCUGUUGUUAUAUUUCUACGAACUAGCCCAACGGUGAUCUCAAGCACUCAUUGGUUUAUACACAUGACGAGUUCGACUAAGUCAUACCAUAAAAUACAAGACCAUAGCUCAACACGAUCAAGCCAAAAGUGGCUGUGAACCGGAAAAACUAAAUAAGUGAUUAGCAAUAAUCUAGGAUUAAUAAAACGUGUGAUGAUGAUUAGUGGGUCAGAUAGAAGCUUAUAAUACGUAGAAUAUAAAGGUUUAUUUAUUGAGUGAUUUAAAACAAUAAUAUUGCAGAAAAUAGUUCCUAAAGUUCUGACUUUUUCAGUACUCGACCGGUUAUAACAUUAUAUGGUCCUAAACAGAAAAGACGGUAUACAAUCAGCUGCGCUUUGGCAACUGCUAAACUAAAUAACUGGACCUUAUUAUUAUUACUAUCCAUCCUGUUUAUAAUGCUGUUACCUUGUUUCCAACAAAGAAAUUGUUCUUUAAGUUUAUUAUCACAACUAUUUGUUCAACUUUUCUCAUUUUACAUACAUUUCGACGACCUAGAGUUUUCGUUUACACUGUUUUUUAGAUAAAUAAGAUGACCGAUGUCCUGAGGGAGUACCGACAAGCUUGCUGGAUAAAACUUUGGAAUUACUCCAAUUUUAAUCACAUAAGGUUUUCAUAUAAUGUUUAUUUUGCUAUGAAAAGGCGUUAUUUUUCACUUAGUUGAGUAAUCUAUGAUCUGUAAUUAAAAUGACUGAAUUAUUGUAAUUUUUACUAAAAUAUUAUUACUUGUACAGUUGAUAUCAUUCUUUCCUGUCAAGUUCACAGUAAUGCUCACGACUUCUGUUACUAUGUUUACUAAUUGUGCAUAAGCAUAAAAGUGUGCUUGUGGUCACUUCUUGGUUAGACUUGUUUGACAACAGAGUCCAUAAAUUCUGUUUUGUAAAUUAAUUACUGGGAAAGUUGACAGAUAACUCAAGUCAUCCAGUAUGACAUUUUUGUACAUUCCUAUAAAAGGAAAAACUGCAAUAAAAUCACUGUUAGGAAGGAACUUCAACCAACAUAAAACUGCAUCGGCUAACAAUUUACUUAAUCCUAACAUUUUUAUAAUCUUUUCAACCUACAUGCACAUAGUGACAAAUAUUCAUUUAAAUAUCUCAUUUCUUUAUACCUCAUGGGAUGCUUUGUCUUUCUGUAGUUUGUGGACUCUUGAACAAAAUGAAGAAUCGUAUGACGUCAUCAGAAAGUCAAGAAAUUAUCAUUCAAGGACAUAAUUUAACUGAACUGGAGCAUUUUGUUAAACGCUUGCGAGAGUUUCGUCUACAUUUAGGUCUUUCACAAGUUCAACUAGGUAUAGAGCUUUCAAAACAUUUUAACGAUAAAGCCUUAUGUAGUCAAACUCUUUUAUCAAGGUUUGAGAAGUUAAAUGUCACUGUUAGAUCUGCUUAUCGGCUUUUGCCCUACCUGAAACGUUGGAUUUCACAUGCUGAACAAAAUCAAUGUGGUCAAAUCACUAUUGAAAAAUUGUCCGUCUUUCAUCAUUCGAUUCCUGUACGUGCUGUAGGCAACUCCCGUUUAACUACAUUGGCUCGUUUAGGUCGUACCGAUUAUAAUCCUUCAUCCUCUUCUUCAACUUCAUCUGUUUUAGCUCUCGUAAAAAAACAAGUAGUGAAAAAGUUUCAACCACCCAAAAUGCUUAUUCUAAAAGACCUUAGUGCAUAUCCAGUCAGUGUACAGAUAACAUAAGAGAACUAGUUUAAUUUGUAAAACUAAUGACAACGAAAUUUCACAAAUUAUAACAUCUAGACUACUUGCUAACAUGGUCAGUCAAAGAUAAUGAUUGUGUUGCCGAUUGUCCUACAGAUCAUUCUUCACUUUCGGAGCUAACUUCUGAUAUAUCUGAAUCCAAUUGUAAAUUACCAGAUCCACAACAAAAAAGAUGUCGGCGGCGCCGUACUUAUUUUUCCCCAAAAGCUUUAUCAAUAUUAACUGAAUUUUAUUCUACAAAUACUCGACCAAAAGGUACUGAUUUCACUGAAUUGGCAUCAAGGAUUGGCUGUGAUAGAGAAUCAGUUCGCGUUUGGUUUUGUAACAGACGUCAAUUAGAUCAUGAAUGCUCUCGAAAAGUUUAGAGUGACCGCUUCAGUAGAUUUGUAGGGUUGUCAUCAGUAGACCGUUUAUUUACUUUCUUGUUUAUCCACUUUAUCGUAUCGCCGAACAAUUUUAAAGAAAACUGCUAUUUGAGAAUUAAAGUUCUCAAUAAUUUGUACAUUUGUUAUAAGUUGUUUAUACUAUAUUUUUAUGCUGUUAAUCCUCCAUUGAGACCAAACCUUCGCAAUAAAGUGUCUUGUUCUAUGUUAUUAAGAAAUUAACCGGUAACUUAAGUGGAUCCAAGCAUAUAAUGUAAACUAGUAAAAUCUCCCAUUACAUGUACAGAAUCGUCUUGUCAACAUUUUAUCUGGAAAACAGCGUCCAAUGAAGUAACUUAUGGUGUGCGGUGCCUGGGACUAAUACUCAUACACAAACUUCCUAUAUGCAAUAUACUCAGUGGUACACUAAGACUGAAAAGAAGUUUAUUGGGCUAGACUGAAUCAUAUGUUAGCAUUCAUACAUGAACGUCUACCACUUAAAAGACGAAACCGCCUCUUGGUCAGUAACACGCACUCGUCCCUUAGAUUAUUGAUAUAACGUGGCUCCCUUUGAUGAGUUAGUUGGCCUGUUGUGUUAAUAACUGUUGGUAAACAUCACGAGGGCAGUAUGUGUUAGACAUAGCCAGGUGUUUAUAGGCCAUCCGUGAUUGUAAGUUACUAUGCCUGCCGAGUUUCCUAUACGAUGUCUCCAGGUUACUACAAACUAGCUUUCUGUGUGUUCAGACCCUUCAUAGUGUCACUUAAAGGCUUUUAGUAUUGAGAUGUAGUAUGGUGCUAUUCCUACGUUCUGUAUUCUGCAUUGUACACUAUUUUCUUCCGAAAUGCCUAUAUAUUACGUAAGUUAUGUCAGUGUCCCCGAAUGCCCUGGUACGACCAAGAGUGGGGAGAGUCAGCUCACCCUCUCGAAAUACUUCCACAUGGCUACGCGUAUACAGCCACUCCGUCUUUUUCAACAUCUUCGUGCUAUACCACAGAAAACAUUUGUGGAACAUACGACUUUGCACCGCGCCAUCGCUUACACCUCUGGAAUUUAACCGGGGACACUGUCGAGAAGCACGAACUAAUAUAUUCAAGUUGGUGUCUUCGACUGACUGCCCUGAACUUUGAUUCUAUUCAUUGUCGACAUCUAAUUGCUUGUCGUAACAUAAACCCCAAAAAUCAGUCUUACUAGCAUUAUUAUUCUUAUGUACGAAAAUUUGUUCCCUGUUUAUACUAUCCAUGUGCUUUUUAGCAUGUCAACCUAAUUGUGUAACUUAUUAGAGUAGGGCCUGUAGCAUUUGUGAAAAAAUCGACCUUGACCAUAAAAUGGCAUGUCUAGUGUAAAUAAUGACUCAUAUUAUUCUAUGAAGAUGAUCUCUUAAUCGUAUGUCAGGACAGAAACUUCAUUUACACCAUCCGAACCCUAAUUUUCCGGACAACUCGAAAAUCAUGGCAUCAAUGUAAACGCUCAGAAAUAUCAGGUUAGAACCAACCCCGCAGUUCUUCUCCAAUACGCUAUAAAAGCUCGAGUCAUCUGCCCUCUGAAAAGCAAGAAGGCAGCCAUCGUGGAUUAUCCGGAACCGACCACUGUCAAGCAAUUAUGUACGUUCAACGUCCUGGCAAGUAUCUGUCGAUUGGUCAUACCAAAUUGUGCGUCGUCUAUGAUUGGACAUACCCAGGAAAUUUUUAAAACUACUGUUGAUUUCGCUGCAAGCAAUAUUGAAUCUUGUAACUCCGAU